UCAAACAAGCAGAAGCUAAAGUCAUGCUGGUGAAUAUACUUCGAGAGUACAAUGUCAAUAGAAUAUUUAUGUCGUGCUUGGGUCUUUGGCCGUUCCAACCUAAGCUCACGAAACGUUUGUUAUCAAUGUUCUGCUUCAUACUUGAAAUAAGUUACUUGCCAUUCGAGAUAUUGACAUUAUACAUACAUAGACACAGCGGGCAAAUGAUCUUUGAAUGUCUGUAUCAAAUGGUCAUAACGGCGGCUUUCCUUGUAAAGUUGUUAAAUCAGCUUUGGAACCGCGACAAGUUUCGCCGUUUAUACGAAAUCAUGGAAGAUCAUUGGAAUGUAUUUACGAGCGAUUUGGAAGUUCGAAUUUUAAAAAGUUACUCUCAUAUAUCGCAGAUAUUUACAAUGUCUUACUCGAUACUAAUAUACUUCAUGAUGUCGAUGUUUAUAACGAUACCCUCAUUAGGGCCGAUACUUCUCGAUAUCGUACUACCUCUUAAUAAAUCACGUCCGCGACACAUUGCGAUAUACAGCGAAUACGGAAUAGAUCAAGAUAAGUAUUUUGUACCGAUCUUUUUGUACACUUCUGUUAUGAUCACGGUGGGUAUGACCAUUAUGGUGGCCGUUGAUACCAUGCACAUAGUGUGUACCGCGCACGCAUGCAGCUUAUUCCAACUUAUUGGUCAACAAAUCGAAAAUGUGAUAUCGAAUGUGCAUAAUGGCGAUGAAAUCAACGAAGUCGAACAUUGUACGAAUGUGGAGUAUAAAGUGUUCAGCGAGGAAAUGAUAUAUCGGGAAUACAUCGUAUGCUUAAAAAAACAUCAACUUGCUUUGGAAUAUAUCGAUCUAUUAAACGACACGUACAAAAUUGUCGGAAUUAGCUUCUCAUUACUAGUCGCUGCAGUUUUCAGUCUACUUGGAGUUCGAAUCGUCUAUGUGUUAGACCAACUAGAAGAAAUUAUUAGAUUUUUGUUUAUAAUCGCGGGAGCGUUGCUGCAAUUGAUUAUCGUGUGUUAUUCCGGCCAGAAAGUAAUGGACGAAAGUCAAAAUAUAUUCCAUCGAGCAUAUGCAGCGGAAUGGUACAAAUUCUCACCAAGAUUAAAAUCAUUAUUAAUCAUAACUCUCUACAGAAGUGUUGUGCCGUGCAAAUUGACAGCAGGUAAUCUGUUUCCGUUGUCAAUGGCGGUUUUCGCCGCGGUGAUACGGACGGCUAUAUCUUAUUUCACGGCACUCUUAUCGAUACAAAAUUGAUCAGUUUUAAAAUAGAUGCUUAACUAAUUUUUCAUUGAUACGUCUUCGAUCCAACAAAGUGUAGAU